AUGGAUCACCUGACUGCGCUCUUCCAGGAGAUGUGGCGUCAAGGUGAAGUCCCGCAAGACUUCAAGGACGCAACUAUCGUGCAUCUUUACAAGCGCAAAGGGAAUCGCCAAGUCUGCGACAACCACCGCGGCAUCUCCCUACUGAACAUCGCCGGGAAGAUCUUCGCUCGCAUCCUGCUCAACCGCCUCAACAUCCAUCUGGAACAGGGCCUUCUGCCGGAAAGCCAAUGCGGCUUCCGUCGUCAUCGUGGGACCACGGAUAUGAUCUUCGCCGCCCGCCAACUUCAGGAGAAGUGCCAGGAGAUGCGGACCCACCUGUACUCUACCUUCGUUGACCUGACGAAAGCCUUCGACACAGUGAAUCGUGAAGGACUGUGGAAGAUCAUGCAGAAGUUCGGCUGUCCGGAGCGAUUCACUCAGAUGGUGCGUCAGCUGCACGACGGCAUGAUGGCGCGAGUCACGGACAACGGAGCUGUCUCAGAGGCAUUCGCAGUGACCAACGGAGUGAAGCAGGGCUGUGUGCUGGCGCCUACCCUCUUCAGUCUUAUGUUCUCUGCCAUGCUGAUGGACGCCUACCGCGACGAAUGCCCUGGAAUCCGCAUCGCCUACAGAACGGACGGUCAUCUCCUGAAUCAACGGCGCAUGAACUUCCAAUCGCGUGUAUCCACAGCCACCGUGCACGAACUCCUCUUCGCCGACGACUGCGCCCUGAACACCACCUCCGAAGCGGAGAUGCAACGCAGCAUGGACUUAUUCUCAGCCGCCUGCGAGAACUUUGGGCUGGUUAUCAACACGCAGAAGACGAUGGUGAUGCAUCAGCCGCCUCCCAACUCAGCCACAGCCCCCAACGCGCCGCCGCAAAUCAACGUGAAUGGGACUCAACUGCAAGUGGUAGAGAACUUCCCGUAUCUGGGCAGCACGCUCUCCCGCAACACAAAGAUCGACGACGAAGUCGCCAACAGGAUCUCGAAAGCCAGUCAAGCCUUCGGACGCCUCCAAAGCACAGUUUGGAAUCGUCAUGGUCUCCAACUGAGCACAAAGCUGAAGAUGUACAAGGCCGUCAUCCUGCCGACGCUACUGUACGGAGCGGCGACCUGGACGGUGUACACGAGGCAGGCACGUCGACUAAACCACUUCCACCUCAGCUGUCUCCGCCGCAUCCUGAGGCUGAACUGGCAGGACCGCAUCCCCGACACGGAAGUACUGGAACGAACGGGAAUUCUGAGCAUCUACUCCAUGUUGAGACAAAUGCAGCUGCGCUGGAGCGGCCACCUGGUGCGCAUGGACGACGAGCGACUACCCAAACGACUCUUCUACGGAGACGUCGCGACGGGUUCUCGUCGUCAAGGAGGCCAAAUUCGCCGUUCAAAGGAUACUCUGAAGUCCUCCCUGAAGCGCCUGUAA